AUGGGACUUUGGUCAUUUUGGAGUUUUGCUUUUUUGGCUUCCGUGUUGCUUUACCCCUUUCACCCCAAGUUUGUGGCUCAAGCGGAAAUAACUUUUCCCAGAACAAUGGACAGAUUCUAUCGCCUGGAUCUAACGCCACCGGAGGCACGUGUAUCCAGAAAAUCUACGGAGAUUCAAGUCUCACGCAAAGUCGACGACGGCACGAAAGUUUUAAACGCUUUCGAAAGCGAAGCGGACGGUGCGUUGAUGCCAAACAAUGCCCAGCAAGAGGGGAGUGAGACUGAGGCACCGAUCGGCGUCAAACCAAACUAUCACAGUGGUCUCAAAAUGCCCGGUAAAAAGUAUGGCAACAUUUCUGAGGACAAGCAGGGGCGACCGAGCGCGAGUAUAAUGUUACAAAGCGCAUAUUCUGUGAGACGAAAGAAGGCAAAAAGGAGUGUGGGUGCAACAUACAGCGAAAACGUGGAUAGGAGUAUAAGUGGAGAAGCGCAGUCCAGAGAGAGGUUUGUGGAGACUGUCCAAGGUGUUUCCAGCUCCAGAGCCGAGUACCGGCGCACUGGGGAGGAUGCCAGAGGGUCAAACCCGAGGCAAAGUGAGCCUCACCUGGACACUUCUACUUUUGCUUUGUCGGGAGACUCGGCACACAACCAUGCGAUGGUGCACUGGUCCGGGCACAACAGCAGCGUGAUCCUGAUCCUGACUAAGCUGUAUGACUUCAACCUGGGGGCCGUUACCGAGAGCUCGCUGUGGAGAUCCUCUGAUUACGGCAGCACCUACACCAAACUCAAUGACAAAGUGGGUUCAAGGACGGUUUUGAGUUACCUGUAUGUCUGCCCGACCAACAAGCGGAAGAUAAUGAUGCUUAGCGACCCAGAGGUAGAGAGCGCUGUUCUCAUCAGUUCAGAUGAAGGGGCAAGCUUUGAGAAGCAUCCCAUUAACUUCAACAUCCUGAGCCUGCUCUUCCACCCUGCACAGGAGGACUGGAUACUGGCUUGCAGUCAUGAUAGCAAGCUGUACAGUUCAAUGGACUUCGGGAGGAAAUGGCAGCUGGUUCACGACAACGUGAUGCCAGGCAGAUUCUACUGGGCGGUAAUGGGGCUGGACAGAGAAUCAGAUGUGGUCCACAUCGAGACGCGCAUCGGGAAAGGCCGUGCUCAGUACGUGAAGUGCAGAGCCCCACGGUGCACAGAAGGCAACAGACAGUACCUCUUCCCUGGUCACGUUGACACCGACUCACUAGUUGUGCAGGAUGAAUAUGUUUUCACUCAGGUAACCAAGUCAGGACGAACCAGCUACUUUGUCUCCUACAUGAGAGAAUCCUUCAAGCGGAUGAAAUUGCCUAAAUAUUGCCUGCCAAAGGACAUGCAUAUCAUCAGCACAGAUGAGAAGCAGGUAUUUGCUGCCGUCCAGGAGUGGAAUCAGAACAACACUUACAGCCUCUAUAUCUCAGACUCCCCCGGGGUCUACUUCAUCCUUUCAUUAGAGAAUCUGAGAACCAUCAGGGGACCCUCUGGUAACCUCCUGGUCGACUUCUAUAAGGUCGAGGGGAUAAAUGGGAUGUAUCUUGCCAACAAACUGGUGGAUAGUCACAUCAAGACUUUCAUCACAUACAACAAGGGACAAACAUGGGCCCUGCUGCCAGCUCCCGCCGCUGAUGUGGCUGGAAAUAACCUUCACUGCAUUCUGCCGUUUUGCUCGCUACAUCUUCAUCUGGAGAUGUCAGAGAAUCCCUACACAUCUGGACCCAUCACCAGCAAAAAGUCUGUACCGGGAAUCAUUGUGGCUACAGGGAAUAUUGGAACAGAGUUGUCCUCUACCAACCUUGGGAUGUUUAUAACAUCAGAUGCAGGAAAUAGCUGGAGACAGAUUUUCGAUGAGGAGCACAACAUUUGGUUUCUUGACAACGGAGGGGCUUUGCUGGCAGUUUUACAUGCAACAACGCCGAUUCGACACUUGUGGAUCAGUCUAGAUGAAGGAAAGAAAUGGGACCGCCACAGUUUCUCCUUGGCACCUCUGUAUGUGGAUGGAGUUUUAAUGGAGCCAGAAUCUGACAACCACAUUAUCACUUUCUUUGGACACUUCAGCCAUCGGUCAGAGUGGCAGCUGAUCAAGAUUGACUACAAGGGCCUCUUUAACAGAAGAUGCAUGGAUGGAGAUUAUCAGACGUGGUACCUGCACAACAAGGGAGAGCUGUGUGUAAUGGGCGAGAAGCAGAUCUAUAUGAAGCGCAGGCCAGGCAACCGUUGCAUGCUGGCCCAGGACUAUUCCCGGAUCUAUUCCUCAGAGCCAUGCCUCUGCACAGCCUAUGAUUUUGAAUGUGAUUAUGGCUGGGAGCGCCAGGCGGAUGGGAAGUGCUCCCCGGCUUUUUGGUUUAAUCCAAAUGGUGCGGCUAAAAGCUGCAGCACCAGCCAAAGCUUCCUUAACAGCACAGGGUAUCGCAAGGUUUUGUCCAAUAACUGUAAGGAGACGGGAAGGAACGUAUACUCGCCCAGGAGGGAGACAUGUCGUCCCAGAGCACCCCGAGGCCUCCGUCUGUCCACCAGUCAGGGAGAGCUCAGUGCUGCUGUUGGAAGCAACGUCACUUUCAUGGUCUACCUUGAUGAUGGAGACUCGCUGAGAACCAGCAUCCAGCUCGACUUUGGGGACGGCAUCAAGAUCACAUACUCUAACCUGAGCAGGACUGAUGAUGGCAUCAAGCACAUCUACAGAGCGACUGGGAUUUACCGAGUGACAGCUUCUGCGGAAAACAGCCAGGGAUCUGACAGCAGCACACUGUUUUUACACAUCACCAGUCCAGUGGAGCGUGUAUAUCUCUCCGCUCCUAUUGUAGCCAUCAGAGGGAAGGAGGCUAAUCUGACUGCGGUGGUUUGGCCGAGCCACCCCAGAACGUUGACCUUCUUCUGGUGGUUUGACAACAGCUCCGAGCCCAUUAUAACCUUGGAAGGAAGCAUCUCAUACACGUUCCAGAAAGAGGGAAAAAACAAGGUCACGGUCCAGGUUGCUUCUGGGAGCACUGUACUGCAGGAUUCCAAAGUUAUAACUGUUAAAGAGUUCUUCAGGUCGCUGCUGUUGUCGUUUUCGCCUGCGCUUGACGAGCACAAUCCUGACAUCCCCGAAUGGAGGGAGGACAUAGGCCGUGUGGUGCGGACAGCUCUGUCGCAGGUGUCUGGGGUUCUCGAAGAUCAGCUGCUGGUGUCUUUGUACCCGGGACUUCCAACUACAGCAGAGCUCUUUAUCCUGCCCGAUGAGCAUACAUCAAGUGAGCAUAACAGAAGGAGUGAGGAGGCUCUAGAGAGGAUCUCAGAUAUUUUUGUCACGGCCCUGAACCAAGGCCUGGUCCAGUUUGAACUGAAAACUGACAUUCGCAUUAUUGUAUACAUGACUCAGCAAACCUUGGCACCACUUGUGGAUUCAAACUCCAUCCAUAGUGGGUCGGCCAUGCUGAUGCUGCUCAGUGUGGUGUUUGUUGGUUUAGCUGCAUUCUUCAUCUACAAGUUCAAAAGGAAAAUUCCCUGGAUCCAUGUUCAGACUGAGGACAGCCACGAGAAGGAGCCGGAAGUGAUAAGUACAGUCGGUCAGAACGACACCAUGUCCAAGGUCAAGCUCAGCGAGUUUCCCUCUCAGAAAGAACUCAUGGAAAAGGAGCUGGAGGCCAGAACCAGAGGAGGAAUUGGAAGAAAUAUGGAAAGAAUUGUUACAAGGGAAUUUCCAAACUGUACAAAUGUCUAAGACACUGAUACUCUGAUACUGAGUAAGUACCGAUUGUUGUGUUUCAAUUGUGCUGCAAUAGUUUGCUUUGUUGGCAUUCUUCUGUUCUUUUGAUUCCCUUUUAUUUCACGCUGAUAGCUGCUAUCGUUUAAAGUCAUGUUUUUAAUUCACAUGGAUAGAAUAAGUAUCUAGUUUACAAUACUUGAUAGAGAUCAAUCCACUGAGCCAGACUCCAGGGUCUCUCGUUGGAGGGCGGUGAGCUGCUGAAAUUAGCUGAUAGCUGCAGCAAAAGGCACAGAAUGUCCAAGUCUGCCUGCGAUUUUUUUACUACUGCCAUGAAUCUGACAGCGCUAAUAGCAGUAUUUUAUUGAAUAUUCAGGUGAUAUUGUGCAUUUUUCCUAAUACUCUUUACUUCCUUUGACACAUCUUGUUUAGGAUAAUAUAUAGAUAGCGGGCACUGAAUUAAAACACCACAAAAGAUUUGGCAAAAUCCUGCUAUUGAAAGCUGUCAGAGAAAAACACUGAUAUCAUGUAAAGCAGAAAAGUGCUUACGAGUUAGGACAAGAGAAAGCAUUUACAGGCUUUAUUGUACUUGUUAAAUUCAACAUGGACCCAUGAUGAGUUGUUAUAAGGAUAUCUGGCCCUUGAGGAAUAUUAUAAUAAUAGUAUCCAGGCCUUGAUAUUAUAAAUUUACUGCAAUAAAAAACAUUGUUCUCUACGUGUUGAUAAUGGUUUCCUGCCACCCUAAUAUCUGCCUCUAGUAUACAAAUUGAUCCAGGCUAUAAAAUCUGCCAAGUGCAACCUUUCAUUUUGCUAUAAUUUCGUAUCUUUUCUUUACAUCCUGAAUGGAUAAUACGACCCGAAACAACAACAGAGUCGUCCAUUAAAGGCAGAACACAAAUUGCUCUCCCUCCAAAAGACAGAAAUAUAAUAAAUAGGAUAUCUGAUGUUUUGUUAUCAGAGAAUUUUUAAAUAAACCGCUUCCACUUUGUGCUCUGGAUAAACCGCCCUACAGCUAGAGGCCUUGGUGUUGUAAAUAUAAUGUACAUGUAUAAAAAUGUCUACAUCUGACUGUUGUGAAGACAGAAAUGUGCAGUUGGUUUUGCUCUGUAAGAUAACACGGUGCUUUUCAAGACUGUUUCUCGGAUGAUGGCGCACAACGUGAAAGUCUGGCCUUAGACGUGGAAAUGUUGACGACUUGUACAUAGAAUAGGAAGGAAUUUAAAUCUAAACACUAGCCUCAUCCUACGUUAUUGUAAAGUCAGCUGACUGAGCAGAUAGUUGUGUGUUUCCAUGACAUCAAGUCCCACAACAAGCUGUAUGUCCUCUUUUUUUUAAUUAUUUAUUUUUUUACAGUAGCAUGCCCUUAUUAUCUGUGAUUAAAAAAAAAAAAAACGAGACUAUCGAAGACAAUUCUGGGUUAAGCGAAUACUGUAUAUAUAUCAUGGUGAUUUCAAAGUUUACUUGACACAUUAAACAUAUUAUUAAACACCUUGUCUAAUAGUCUAGUGGUGCAAUUGCCCAACAAGUUGUGCAUGAUAUAAUCUCUGAUAUUGUUCCUUUUUGUCGAUUAUAUAAAAACCGUCUUGUUUUCGAUCACAUUUCUUACUGUGAACAAAUUGCCAUUUUGAAAUUGUUCAAAAAUAAAUGUAUUUUUAUAUGGAA